AUGGAAAACUUAGCGAUAUCUUCGGGAGGAAGCGCUGUCUUCAAGUCUCGUACGGGCUCUUCGCUACCGGGACUCUUAUUUCCGGACUCGGACAAUCUAUGUCUCAAGUCCUUGUCGGCCGAGUUAUCGAGGGUACGGGAGGUGCAGGAAUGGUGUGUAUGGUCUCGAUCCUCCUCACGGAUCUCGUACCUCUACACAAGGUCGCCGUAUACAGGAGCUAUGUCAAUCUCGUGCAGACUGCCGGGCGCAGUUGUGGUGGAGUCAUUGGAGGCUUCAUCGCUCAGACCGUUGGCUGGAGGUGGUGAGUGCUCGUCACCCGAGAAUAGUUCUGGGGUUCAUGAAAUUGCUGAUCACUGUGCAAGGGCAUUCUUGGGUCAGACCCCUAUUGUGAUCGUAGCCAUCCUGCUCGUUCAGCGAAAGCUGCAGGUCAAGACGAAACAGCAGAAGACGUCGGGCGACGACCUGAGCAUAUCUGAUAAAAUUAAGCGCAUCGACUUUAUGGGCGCAGCACUGAUGAGCCUGACCAUCCUGUGUGCCUUGAUCGUUCUUGAUGUGGGUGGGCAGAAGCUCCCCUGGAAUCACCCCAUCAUCUGGAUCUCCAGCGGCGCAAUUGUUUUCAGCAUGAUUGCAUUCGUCUUAGUGGAGAGAUAUGUGGCUGUCGAACCCAUCUUCCCGCUUCGACUUAUUGGUCACUAUGUGGUCAUCACCUGCUAUAUGAUGCUCUGUCUGCAGAUGGUGGCGGUCACUGCGAUGAUGAUGAUAGUCCCCAUGUACUUUCAGGUCACCAAACUGGCCAGCACAGGGGAGGCAGGAGCAUAUCUUGUGCCAUCCGUAGCUGGAAACACCAUUGGUGGCCUUCUAACAGGUGCUUGGAUUCAGAGGUCACGUCGGUACAAAAUGCCGCAGAUUAUUGGCUCUUUCUUUUCCAUGGCAGCUUUUGCAGCACUUGUUCUUGUGUGGCGUGGCAACACAACCUUUCUCGAAUCGCUCCUCAUCUUUCCCGUCGGAUUGGCGACUGGAGUAGCACACGGAGCCAUCUUCAUUGGCCUUGGCGCAGGCGUCGGAGAGGCAGACAUUGCCAUUGCCGGUUCUGGGCUGUAUCUCAGCUCGAACAUCGGAUCAGUGGCUGGAGUCAGUCUGGGAAAUGCCAUUUACCAAUCAACGUUGCGGCUCGGACUCAAUAAGGUGUUACAGGAUUUCCCGUCCAAGGAACAGAUCAUACGAAAAGCCCUGGUAGAUAUCUCUUACAUUCGACAUGUGUCGGCGGACAUCAGAAUGACCAUGCUUCCAGCAUACGUUGCGAGUUUCCAAGGGGUGUUUCUUCUUGGAAUGGCAUGUUCAGCACUUGCACUCCUCGUGGGUCUUGUUUCGCGAGAAACUAGGCUUCAACUUAAGUAGGCCACGCUCACCAAGGAUAGGUAGAGGGAGAAGAUAGCAUAUAGAGGACCUAUUGCAUGCUAGAUUUAAAUCAUAGUAUAAGAGUUAUAGGAGGC